GUAGUUGGGAACGAUAGUAAAACGGCUGAGUACUUCGUUUUUCCGAAAUCUGAAUCGACGGUAAGAGAAUGCAGGCUCUGCGGCUGAGGCUUUCCAGUUCCGAGGCCAGGCCUCUUUUCAGACUUAGAUCCUAUUUAUUAUAUUCUUCUUCUUGUUGCUCUGCGGCACUAUUGAAUUUGAACUCACUACCAUCACCCCCUUCUGCUUCCUCCAUGUCUACCAACUUGUUCACCUUUCCGUGGUCUGCCUUUCAAUGCCGGGGAAUCAAAGUCUCUGGUUCUGAUAUUAGAGUCGGAAACAUCAUUGGAAAACAAGGGCGCAUUUACGAGGUUCUUAAAGUAGAUCACUCUCACGAAGGAAGAGGAAAAGCCACAAUCAAGGUGGAACUUCGUGACAUUGGCCAGGGAAACAAGGUAACACAACGGAUGGGCACUGAUGAGGAUAUUGAAAGGGUCUUUGUUCGAGAAAGGACUUUCAUGUUCAUGUGCAUGGAUCAUGAUGGAACAGUAGUAUUGAUGGACCCUGAUACAUUGGAUCAAAUGGAAGUUUCCAAAGACUUGUUCGGCAAGAAUUGUUUAUACCUACAAGAUGAAAUGAAGGUGAAAGUACAAUUUUAUGAUGACAAACCUUUAUCUGCAUCUGUUCCAAAACGUGUAACAUGUAAUGUCAAGGAGGGAAUUGCUGCCACUCCAAGGAACAAAAAGGUUGUACUAGACAAUGGCCUUUCAGUUGAAGUUCCACCUCACAUUGUAGCUGGUGAUGCCAUUGUUGUUAAUACAGAGGAUGACUCCUACAUAGAAAGGGCCAAGGCAUAGGGUGACUUCAGCCGGAUUUGACCAAAGACAUUCAAUAUAUGCUUGCUGGUUUAGUUUAUGCACGAGGAAAGAAGCAAAAAUAAAUAAUCUUAUAGCAUGUUUGAUUUGUAUUAUAUCUUUAAAAAUAGAAAAUUGUUGGGCUCUCAUGCUUAGCUCCUUGCAAGCUUGCACAAUCUAAAAUGCCUAAAUGGCACGAAACCAAUCUAGUAAAAAAUCUUUUCAACCAAAAAUCUAUUUAAUGGUGAUCUAGGUGACUAUCAUGUAGUAAUGGUUUCAAACAAAAGUAGAUUUCUCAAAUAAUUUUGUAAUAUAACGAGCAAAUUUAGGU